CCCGCGCAGAGCACGGGUCUGUUCGAGGCGGCUAACCGGGAGUUCGAGAGCACGGAGUCUGGAAGUGACACUUCGGACAUUUCAGAAGAACUUUCUACCCAAGAUGGAGAGGGAAAGGCCCCAGGAGAAACAGCAUCUGGUUUGAAAACUGGACUGGAGGACUGUGCUUUCCCUGACACUCAAAGGGAAGAACGACCAACAAGCACUUGCUCUUCUUCCGGCGUGGUGGGAGAAGUAGUAAGAACUAUGCAGCACUUCAUGGAGAAGUUCGACAUGGACCUGUUCACUGUUACACAGGCCUUUCUGAAAAACACCGGUGAAGUGGAGACUACUUUAUACUUUCUGCAGACAGGGCAGCGCUUGGAUGGGUACCCUGUAUGGAGCAGAGAGGAUGAUUUAGAAUUGCAAAAAGAUGAUGAACAUGUCAGAAAUAAAUUGAUAGCAAAAUUUGGAGCUGAAAACGUAGCAAAGCGGGUAGCAUUUAGGAAAAGUUAGAUAGCAAGGCCAAGGAGAAGGACUGAUCUAGGGCUGUGGCAGGAACUUAAAGUCGUUUUAGAAAUGCAAAUGUGAUGGAGAAUUUCAUGCUAUGUUCUGAAGUUACAUAAAUGCUGUAAAAUAAUUUUUUUUAUAAAAGACCUAUUUUGUGUUUGAUUUUUGUUUGUAAUACUGAAUAUAUGAAACGUUUACAAUAGAAAAUGAUGAAGAGCAAGAUUCUAUACAGUAUCAAGUUUUCACUGAAAAUUUGCUUUAAAGUGUGUAUCUACUGUAUAAACUAGCGGAUAGUCCUAGCCGUACGUUGCUGCGUGCAAAGGAUUUCGAAUUGGCUUGGCACCAAAAUCUGACAGACUCACAUUAAGUGCUGUAACGUGUUAUUAGUCCACAAUAGCAGCCUGCUCUCUGUCGUGUGUCUGUUACUUCAGACUGUUGUGGAAGAUCAUUUAUAACCUGCUCUGCCAGCUGUUGUCAUUACCUUUGUUGUUGUUAAUGAACCUUGAUUAGCAGCAGACAUUUUGAGAUGGUAACAACGAAAAUGUAACUGUUCAAAAAAAGGGAUCAAAAACACUCAUGCCAGAAGAUGAGGCACUUGGUCUCAUAAAUGAAUGCUGAGAUGUCUCAUAGUGGCCAUGAGUACUGGGAAUGGCCAAAAAAGGUCACUGUGACAUUGUAAUAUCCAGUCUUGUUACAGAGAUCUGUCAGUUAAAGCCUCAGGCCGGUAUAGACAGUCAUCUCAAUUUUUAUUACCACUGCAGCUCAUGUUCUCCACUGCUAAUAUUGCAGGGUUUGUUUAAUAACAUUAACUUCGCCAUCUUGCUUUGUGACUUCAAAACCAGUCAAUACCUCUGCCCCAGCUUGCAUCUCUACGCAUUGAAGAGCCCUACCUUCUUUAAUCCCGGCGAAGUACCAGACCAUACAGUCUAGUUGGAAACAGUAGACCAGCUUUCAGGGCCACGUGCAAUAGCUCAGUAAGAGAUAAAAGUCAGGAAACAGUGCUCAGAGUUUAUUUAAGUAUCCAUCACCAAAGUCAUGUUUGAGAGAGAGAGAACACCAUUGCUAGAAUGCAGUCACAAUGGGGAAGCCUCAAGACUUUCAGCCUGAAAUUGUGCUCUGGUGACUAUUUCAAUGUUAUUUGAAGUCAGUCCUGUAAACCUGGAAUUCAUUCUUUUGGAGAAGUUAUUGGGGCUAGUAAAAGCAAAGAUUGGGGGGAAGAGGUGUCCCACUUUUCUUUUGCCCCAGUGCGGGCAGCGCCCGGCGCACACCCUGCACCGCGGCCGCAGGCUCUGUAGAGCUCUCCAAGCGAGCACAACAAAGCAGAGCUUUUCCAACCGAGGUGGAAUUCUUUGUCUUAACGCAUCUCCAGCGGCUCCGUGGUCUGCUACUUGUUUGGUGGGGGAGAUGGCCUGCUUUGCAGAAUGUCAUUCCCCGUUCUCCGACAGAGCUAGCGGGAGGCACUGCCGUUUCUAACACUUACCUUGAUGUUAUUAGAAUCUGUGAGGAACAUGGUGAAGCGAUCAAUUCCCAUGCCCCAGCCAGCUGUAGGAGGGAGGCCGUACUCCAGCGCGGUGCAGAAGUUUUCGUCAAUGAACAUGGCUUCGUCAUCCCCCGCAGCUUUUGC